UACUGGAGUCUAGAUAACUGUCUGCUCUAUGGCCCCGUGCUACUGAGUCUGCUGCUUUUCAGAAGCAUGAAGUUAUCUCUUGGGGUCUUCUGCCUCUUGGGAGUCCUGAUCCCAGGGAGGACUGGCCUGAGGUUGCAAUAUAAUGGGGACCAGGUUUUGCGAGUCUUGCCACAAACAUCUGAGCACGUAAAGCAACUUCAGCAGCUUUGUGACACCUUGCUGCUGGAUUUGUGGAAGCCACUGCUGCCUGAAGACAUCCAGGCUGGAGAAGACCUGCAUGUCAGGGUUCCAGCCUCCAGUUUACAGGAGCUGAAAGACAACUUAAAUCAGCAUUUGAUAUCUUAUGAGGUCCUAAUACGUGAUGUACAAGAACAGCUGGAUAGUAGCAUGCCAAGUCACUGGAGGAUUCCAGGGGGCUAUUCCUACACUGUAUAUCAUCCAAUGGAAGAGAUUUAUCACUGGAUGUACCAGAUAAAGGAGAGCAACAGUGAACUGGUGACACAGCAUUAUCUAGGAAUGACAUAUGAGAACCGGCCAAUGUAUUAUCUGAAGAUAAGUCAACCAUCAAAUAAGGCCAAGAAGAUUAUUUGGAUGGACUGUGGGAUUCAUGCCAGGGAAUGGAUCUCUCCUGCCUUUUGCCAGUGGUUUGUGAAAGAAAUUUUACAGAAUUACAAAACUGACCCAAAGAUAAAAAGCUUCCUGCAGAACUUGGACAUAUAUAUUCUGCCAGUUCUCAAUAUCGAUGGUUAUAUCUAUUCCUGGACAACAGAACGUCUGUGGAGAAAAUCCCGCUCUGCACAUAUAAAUGGCACCUGCUUUGGAACAGAUCUUAACCGUAACUUCAAUGGCUCCUGGGGCAGUAUUGGUGUGUCUCAUAACUGCAGCAGCCUCAUUUUCUGUGGAACAGGGCCAGAAUCAGAACCUGAGACUAAAGCUGUGGCCAGAUUUAUAGAAAAAAGGAAAAGUGAUGUUUUGUGCUUCUUGACUAUUCACUCUUAUGGACAGUACAUUCUCACUCCCUACGGUUACAAAACUGAUUUGGCAAGUAACCACCAGGAUUUGGUGGAAGCUGCAGAGAAAGCAGCAGUCGCCCUGAAGGAAAAGCAUGGGACCAAUUUUACAGUGGGACCAACUUCUUUGGUUUUGUACAAGAACUCUGGCUCCUCGCGGGACUGGGCUCACAUGAUUGGCAUUCCAUUCUCCUACACAUUUGAGCUGAGAGACAAAGGUGCCUAUGGAUUUAUUCUUCCACCAGACCAGAUCCAGCCCACAUGUGAGGAGACUACCACAGCUGUGAUGACCAUCAUAGAAUAUGUAAAUCAGAAGCAUUUCCCAAACAGUGCAGGGGCAGUGACUUCUGGCAGCCUGUGGCUAUGGCUCUGUGUCCUAUUCACAUGGACCUUGUCCUAAGUAAGCCCUACAGAGCGCAGCAGGAAACUCACAUGCAGUGAAAAAUUGCAUGCAAAGGAAAAAUUGACAUUACUGGGAAGCUAAGUGGCAUAGUG